UGCCGUGCAUGCGUAGCUCGAGCGGGGACGCGAACGCGGGAAAAGCGCGGCGCCGCGCGGGCUAAUGCACGCGACGGACGUCGUCGGGGCGCGACGCGCGACGAGGAAGCUGCCGUCGGGGGGCCCGGUGAGUGUCCCGGAGUGAGAAACCCGAGGAGCCGUUCCUCAUCGUACUUGAGUUACCGGCGUCGCGGCGUGAAAUCGCGCGGGGCGACGUGCGAUCCCGUCGGUCCGCGGGGGUGAGUGCCGGUGGUGCCUCGUCGUCGUCGGAGCGCGCCGACGGCGACGACGACGACAAGACGUCGGGGACGACGAGCAAGUGGAGAAGGAGGAGACUCGGGGGGGUAGCCUGUCGUUUUGUCUCCGGUCUCACGAGCGCGCUCCGAUAAUCCCGGAGGAAGGCAACGUCCUAUCUUCGCCACCGCGGGGCUUGGAUGGAUACUGUGCAUUAUUUCUGGAGCAGUGCGGUGGCUGCAGCCGACACCAUUUCCGCGCCGUGGACCCCCGCGAGUUCCGGGCCGCCGCCCGACGCCAACGGCUCCGGCUCGGAUACGAAGAACCUCGACGUUGGCGAAAUUAGCGAUGACGAGAAGGACCUGUCGGCAGCGGACGCGGAGGGCGUGUGGUCGCCGGAUAUCGAACAGAGCUUCCAGGAAGCUCUUACCAUAUAUCCACCAUGCGGUCGACGCAAAAUCAUCCUUUCCGACGAAGGGAAGAUGUACGGUCGCAACGAGCUGAUUGCUCGUUAUAUCAAAUUGAGGACUGGUAAGACGAGAACGCGAAAGCAAGUAUCUUCGCACAUACAGGUUCUCGCGAGAAGAAAGCUCCGGGAAAUACAGGCAAAACUCAAAGUGGAUCAUGCCACCAAGGAGAAGGCGCUCCAGACAAUGUCGAGCAUGUCAAGCGCCCAAAUAGUAUCAGCUGGAAGCGCGUUACACAACAAGAUGCCCCCCGCCCUCGUGGGGCCCCUUGCCCUUCAUGCUUCCACCCCUGUCUCCUAUCCCGGAGCGCAAUUUUGGCAGCCAGGCUUGCAGCCAGGAACGUCCCAGGAUGUCAAACCCUUUCCUCAGCCUGCCUACACCGGGAAACCGGCGACAGCAGUCUCGAGCGGGGAUUUGGUCCAAGCGCAGCCUGCACCACCAUGGGAAGGACGCGCUAUCGCGACCCACAAGCUCAGGCUUGUCGAGUUUUCGGCCUACAUGGAGCAGCAGAGAGAACAGGAGAUUUACCACAAACACCUGUUCGUCCAUAUAGGAGGUUCCACGACCUACGCCGACCCGCUAUUGGAAGCGGUCGACGUUAAACAGAUAUACGACAAAUUCCCGGAGAAGAAGGGCGGUCUGAAAGAACUUUACGAGAAAGGACCGCAAGCAGCUUUUUUCCUCGUUAAGUUUUGGGCUGAUCUCAAUAGCAACAUCCAAGACGAAACUGGAGUAUUCUAUGGCGUUACGAGCCAAUACGAGAGCAGCGAGAACAUGACGAUAACGUGUUCGACGAAAGUAUGCUCCUUUGGAAAGCAGGUAGUAGAGAAGGUGGAAACGGAAUAUGCCAGGUUCGAGAAUGGCAGGUUUGUUUAUCGUAUUAGCCGUUCACCUAUGUGCGAAUAUAUGAUUAAUUUCAUACACAAGCUGAAGCACCUGCCAGAAAAGUACAUGAUGAACAGCGUUCUCGAAAAUUUCACCAUCCUUCAGGUUGUCACGAACAGGGACACGCAGGAAACAUUAUUGUGUACGGCAUAUGUGUUCGAAGUAUCGACAUCUGAGCACGGUGCUCAGCAUCACAUAUACAGAUUGGUCCAAGACUAGCCUGCUUGAACCUGCUCGCCAUGCAGCCAUCCACCCCCAUCAGUGCCUACCAUCACAUAAAGAUCAUCCAUACACGUAUACAUACACGAUUACAUUGUGAAAAUACAAUAUACACGUACAACUGAGUUCCUCUAUUCUGAAGUUAUUAGAGUCAAGCGUUUCCUCUAAUCUUCCCAUCACCAUUUACUCUAAAGGACACAAGCAGAUUGAAAAAGUUAUUGUGCGCCUGUUUUAUUAAUUUCUUCGUAUCUCGUGUUAGAUAUGACAUAUGAGAAUGGGAAAUGUGACAUACACAUGGAUAAUGGAAAAGGCAAUAGGCAGCCUUGUAAAAAAGAGAAACUUAAUUUAGAGGAAACCAGAUUUAUAGAAUAGAAGAGAACUUUGAAUAGAGGAAUUUGAUUAUCGCGCAAUAUGUUACGUGAAUAUGUGGGUGUAAACAUAUGCUUACACUUAUACAGAAAUAUUUUCGCGUCCGUAGGUGAGUUUCGAUGGAAAAUAUUCGGUCGAUAAUAUGAAAAUUAUUAUAUAGACAGAUAUAUAAAUACUAGAUGUUAUAAAUAAAGCAUCUCCAUCUCGUCCACAUACAAUCCGGAUAAAUUAAAGUAUGCAAUUGCAUAUGGUUUUUCUUUUUUCUCUUGCAUUCAAGUUUUUUUAACUCGAAACUUUUCUUGCAUAACAUGCUAAUUUCGUAAAUUUGAAUUUUAUAACAAGUAUUCUUUUUAUUUUGACGAAUGCGUUUAGUAGAGAGAUAUCGGAAAAUAAAAUGAGACAAGUCGCGAUAUUUCAAAUGAUUACAAACCGGCUGUGCAUGCUAAGGGAUUAAAUUAAAGAUGAGAAAUUCUAAGUAUUGUAUAAUAAAUAUUAUAAAUACCCCAAAAGGUCUAAUUUUUAUCCUCGUAGUGUUUUGUACCGUAAAAUAGACGGAAUGUGUGUUGCGAACGUUUUCCGUGAAACUCCUUAACAAGGACUCUACACAUCUCAACUCUACACACAUAUACAAUAGAGUACUGGCCAGCCCGAGUUUGAGUUUGAUUCAAAGUUUAUACUUUUAGUAACUUAUUGGAUCAAUAUACAAGUAUGUGACAUGGUGUAAGAAGAAAUUCUUGCAUUUGUACCGGACAAUGACAUUAAGAUAUUACACAGUUAUAAAUUUUAUAGUAAAAUAGAGAUCGAACAAUGCCUCAUAUACAUAUUUUAUGAUCAUGAUCAUCGUCCUGUUUAAUUGGCGUCCUAAUAAACUCGUCGAUUAAUCUUAAUAAAGAGGAUAUAUUGUAACAAAUUAAUUUAAAAUUGACAAUAAAUUUUGGUAUAAAACUGCAUAAAGAAGUAGAAACAUGCAACAAAAACCCCAAAAAAAGAGAGAGCGAGAGAGAGAGAGAGAGAGAGAGAAAACAAAGAAACAGACUCUGAUCUCGGAAAGGCAUGGUACCCCAACAUGAUUUGAUUUAGUAUUAUAGUUUUAUUAUUAAAUUAGAUGGUAUAUUAUAGAGACUCGAGACAGAAAACACCCAUACACAGAUAUACAUAUAUUAUGUAUAAGAAUAUAUAUGUUAAAUAUUAAUGCAAUGAUUACAAUUUACAUUGUUAUAAAUGAUCGUGUAUAAAGUUAUCUAAGUGAUUUCUAAGUUUUAAAAGAAAUGGAGGUUUGACCGAGAGAUAUGCCAUUAUGACUUUUUUUAUGUAUUGUAAAAUACAAUGAUAUGCUGUUUUUUUAAUUAUCACACUUAAGUUAGAAACAAAAGAAAAAGUAAAAUAUUGUACAUCAACAUGUGUUUCUUUAAGCUUUGUCACAAAACUGCUUUUCGCAGCGUGCAAAAUUUCUCAUCACUAUGAAAAUAUCUGGUGCAGCAAUUAUUAACGUUAUUAAUUACUUAUUAACGUUCAAUGGGAGGAUGAUUAUUUUUAUACCGUUUAAAAAUUCAAUCGUUUAAAGCGCACUUAAUAAAUAUGCAAACCCACUCUGAUUAGGCAGCGACACUUAGGUUAAAGGGAUGUGUUUGUAUUUCUUAUAAUCGCCUUACUUUGUAUUCUAAGAUCAUUUUCUAUAGUUCUUACUGAUGAAUGAUUUUUCUUACUUAGCGUACUUUGUUUGUUUUUAUCUUUCUACACUUACAAAGCGAUAUACCAGAUGGAUAUACAUAUAUUGAUUAUACCGAUGGAAAGUCACCAUUAUAAGUUAUAACUAUGUAUAUAUACAUAUAUGUAUGUAUCUAUAAUAUAUAUGUAUAUGUAUAUAUAUGUGUGUGUGUGCGUGUGUGUGUGACUUUAAUUACUCUAAAACCUACCGAUCCUAUCAUUUUUUUAUCAGGAGUGUAUUGAAAUCGGUUUCGAAAAAUGUAACGACACACACAUGGCAAUUUCAUAGUGGCAUGGAGCAUCGAUAUUCAAGUUACGAUACAACGUUUGAUCGUCUGAUUUCAAUGUCGCUCUCCAAAUCUCUGUAAGUUAAAAGUAUUUUUCAAAGCUGCACUGAUAUAAGGGGAUACAAUAGCUCGUUGCAAAAAAAUGUUUCGUACUUAAUAAUAUAAUUUAUACGUUACACAUACAUGGACCAUGGAGAACUUACAUACAGAGAUCUUUCAUGAACUUGCAAUUAGUGGCAAUUGUUUAAACGAGUAGGAUUAUAUCUUGCAGUUGACUUUAUUUAAUCGCAUCUCUCACGUAUAUGUGUAUGUAUGUAUGUGUGUAUAUACAUAUAUAUAUGUAUAUGUAUACACGCACGCACAUAUGUAUAUUAUAUAUAUAUGUGCGUGUGCGUGCGUGUGUGUGUAAUGUGUAAUAGUUGCACAGAAAGUUUUUACUUAUUUUUUAAUUCGAUCUGUUGUGUGUUUCUGGAAUAGGACUUGCCUAUCGUGCAGUAAAUAUUAACAUAAGCAAGAAAAGAUCGUGUAUAUUUUAAUAAGAUAAUAUUAUUUUCCGUAUUCUUACUGUAAUUAACUUUUACGGAACAAGUGGCAAUGUAUUUUGAUCUCUUUUAGUCAGAAAUAUGUCGCUUUUUAUUUGGGGUGAGAAGUGAAUUUACUAUAUGGGUUGACUGGAGUAGAAAGGAAUUUAUGUUUAAUCGAUAUGUGAAUGUGGUUUUUUUUUAACUGGCAGCUUUUAUAUGUUUUACUCAUUGUUACCGUUUUUCUUCCUUUUUUUUCAUAUAAGCUCGGUGUCUAUUUGAAAGUAACUCUCGGAAAUAAAAAGAAUUGAAAACAUAAAAAGAAAUACACAUAAGAGAGUAACUUUCUUUAGUACUUUUCAGUAAUAUGUUUAUUUGUGAGUACGGUUUUCGAAAGUGAUUCGCGACAGUAUUUCUUUCAAAUGGAUACUAGCUAGUAGUAAUUCAUCGCGCGCUUAUCAUAUCGUUUUUCUAUUACUUAUAUUUAUCGUCAAUAUAUAAAUUGUGAUUUAGUAAAAUCAUUUGCAUAUAAAAAAUGGAAUUGUAACCACGGCCAUGCUAUAUACGAAUAAGUUUCUUUGCAGUACUUUGCUCGUUAAUAACGAUCGAAAACGAGAUUUGCUACUUUGCAUUUGCAGUAAUUUCAAUAAAUGCAAUGUAAUAUUGUCAUUAUAUAGAUACCAUACAUAAUUAUAUUUAUAAUGAAUAAAACAACAUCGCGUGGUUACAUAUUGAAUUGCUUAGUAACGCAUUAUUAUUUUUAAAAUUACGCAAUGUUUGAAAGAUACAGGAAUUCGGUUCGGUCGUGUAGAUUUUGAUAUUAUGUGGAAAUCCAAAAACAGGUGGAACGAAUAUAAAAUUGAGAAAAAAGGAGCACCGACACUAAUAUUAUUGACAUUUAUGCGUAAUGAUUUUAAAGUAAGCGAAUUACAUUUAUAAGGAAAGAUUAUAAAAAUAUAUAUUUAUCUAUGUCUUCUGUGAAGAUAGAAAAUAGUACUCUCUCACUCUAUAUUGACGAUAUCGAAAAUUGAGGCCCGAUAAAAAAAGAUACAAAAUGCAGAAGUAGACUAAGGAAAGAGAAAAAAAAAUAAAAAGAGACAAUUCACACUGUACACAAUAACAUACAAUAUUGAUCGAUUGACUCAGAUUUGUUAAAUAUCUUUGUACAUAUUUACAUGAAGACCAUGAGAAAUUGUUCAAGUUCCAGCAGCUACAUUUUUGUAACAAGUACUCCUGUGAGAAGAGAGAAACUGUUUUGCUUACGGCUCAUUAUGAAUCCAGUUCCACAUUUCGAAACUAAAGUAAAUGCAAAAAUUCUUAAUAUUUUCAUAGAGACGUAUUAGUUUCUUAUAGAUUUUCAUAGAAACGUAUUAGUUUCUUAUAGAUGCGAUACUUUGAUACAACGAUAGAUGUCUAAUCCUUAAUUUACUCCACUUUCGUUUAUCUAAGUUAGUAACUAAAUAGUUAUACGUCUAUAAACUAUACAUUUACUGUCAAAACUUAAGAAAUGACACAAUUACUCGUGAAUAUAUUUUAGUUACUCUUUGUAUUAAUUAGAUAUAGAGAUGAGUAAUUAAAAUAUAUUUAUAAAGCAGAAUAUUCUUAAUUAUGCUUUAAAAUGUAUAUUCAUCUCUAAUACGACUAAAUCGAAUCUUAUCUCUAUGAAAGUAUUGACUGCAGCAUGCACGCAAUCGGCCUGCUAAUUCGGUAAACUCCCAGUAAUUUGCAUCUCUUUAAAAUUCUAUUUAUUCAUAUCCUGGAACUGCCAUAUCAAAGAAUUGAGCUUGAUUGUAAAAAUGACUCAAAAAUAUUGAUCGGAGAAAAAAGGAAACAAAAGGAUCUACUUGUAUAUUAUUAUCGUAAAUGAAAUGAAAUGAGGAUCAAAGUAGUUGUUUUAAUGAGUAAAUGAAAAAAAUAAAUAAAUAAAAUGAUAUAUCAUUAAAUUAGAGGUUUAAAAAUAUAAUAGAACUCAGUAUAUGUACAGUAUUUGAAAAACAUGUUUAUAAUUUGUAUGGAGAAAAUAAAUGAUUGAUAUAAAAAAA